AUGGCUCGCCGCAGACUAAUAAGAAAGCAGCCGCUAUGGGAACGCAUAACUUCAUAUCCCUUUGAUCUUCUCCUUUCCAUCAACGAAGCAAGACUCUCAAUUGACUGGGAUAGCUAUGUACCACAGUCUCUUCCCAUAGGAACAGCUGUAUGUUACUUUUUUAUGGUUCUUUGUAAAGUCUCGAACCAUUACCAGUCGUCAAAUAAUAGACGUGACAAUUCUGUUUUCAAAACUGAUCUUCUUACCUACCAGCUGGUCAUGGCUCGAGCAGUUCAUGGCAACUUUGGUGCUAGCGACUCCAGCACAGCAAAUGACUUCACAGGGUCAUUCAUGCCCAAGCGUGCUGCCAGCGGAAACUUGUUGUGGGUGCUCAAUUUCUUGUUGGGGGCCAUUGUGAUGUUUUCUAUCAUCAAUGUAGUCACUGUAGUGUACUCUGUGAGAAGCUACUCUUUGCUCAAUCUGUCCACCAGACUUCCUAAGCCCAAAGGAUCCAAUGUGGUGAAACAAAACUUGGCGCAUGGGCCACAAAAAGGCAUUUUCCUGGGCAUUCUUGCUUAUUUCGAGGAGCACCUGUUUUACGAAACUGAGCUGGAAACAGAGGAUUCUCACUUGGACCCUUCUCCCGACCAAUACAUAGAAAAGCCUAUUUGGGUUCUCAAAGUAUGGGACCCGAGUCCCUUCUCGCUAUACCUCUCGUGCUCGCUUUCUCCCGUUGUUUUGGCUGCUAUUUGGCUCAUAUCGUCCUCUGUAUCCUUUUGGAAGAUCAUUGUUAUUGUCACCUUGUUCAAUCUCUCCGCUUUUUACGUGGUUCACAAGUUCUUCCAACUCGUUUCGGAUAAGCAAAUUGUUUACCAAGAAACAUUCAAUGAGUACAACCGCAAGUAUGUCAUACCAAAGACUUGUGUCUUACAAAAGAAUGCUAUCGUUGACGCAACCUGUGGACCAAUGGCUCUUCCUGAAGAUAUUGUGCACGAUGAUGUGGUCGGACAUUUGCAAGACGAAAAUGUUUUUGUGACUCAUGAUCUUAACGGCAGGCGCCAUAAAACUGUUCGGGCUGACAUCCUCGCCAGAGCCAACAUCGAGAACAGAUCUCCUUCGCCAUCAAAGAGAACAGACUCUUUUGCAUCUGGCCCAUUGCCCAGAAGAUAUCCAGCGGAUAAUAGUCAUAUGAUGUAUAACGACAGCCUAACACCUUACGUCAAGAUCGCACAAUCAACUCCAUAUAGGAAACACAACGAGUCCUACAGAAAUGAUACCUUUUCGCGGGGCUAUGAUACCUUUUCAAAAGGCUACGACUCUUUCUCAAGACAAUCAUCACAAAUGCAGUCUCCACUACGUUCGCCCACCAGAUUCCCAUAUGGAACAAAUUUAUCUUUCGACCAGAGAACGCAGCUUUCUCCAAGCAGGUCUAGUAGACAGCUGUCACCACAAAGAAGUCCGUCACCAUCGAAAAGGCCGUGGCAUUGA